UUGGCAUAGUUCAGAGGGGGCAAAAUACAAGAGAGCACACACUUCCUGGAGCUCCAAACAACCCCCACAGAAAAAAAGAAAAACAAAACUAGCCCAUGGAGGCAAACGCUGCAAAGUUCUAGCCUUACAUCCGAUGGAUUGGAUGUAUUGUCCUGGUGAUCGGAACACAUAAAACGGGUUUUUAUCGAGCUGUGCUUUCUGGGAUAGAGAGAGGCCGAUGUACGGCGCGGCGCUGGCGGUGAGGAGUGAGCGGUGCGCGGAGGGAAGAUCCGUCGACCUCACUACCGCGAGCCAACAAACGGCCUAGCGCUAACACACAAACAGCGGGUUUAUGUCGAAGGGAUAUCCAUAAAUGCACUCUACAGAAACCCCCGGCAUCUGUACUCUUGUUGAAUUGACGGUAUUCACCGUCGUUUGGCAUGUCUAACGUACUUUAAACAGGUUUGCAGCCACUUAGCCGUUUGGCUAACGGUUUAGAUUGACAGGUUAGCUCGUUAGCCGCUAACCCAAGUUUUUAAAGUGACUUAUUUUACACGUAUCGCCGUGUAAUGCAGACCGUGUGGAGAAAAGAGGUGCACCAGCUCCCGGUUAUAUUGUAAAAACCGUUCAGUUUUUACGGCUGAAGCGUUUUGAGACUAUAAAGUCUUGUUUUUAUGUAUUAAUGAUUAGCUGGCUAGCAAGCUAGCGAUGUCUGUGCCCUCCGCCGAAAUGCUGGAAACACCGCCCAUGUACCCGUUUGAGGAGAUAGAUUAUGCCGAUAUUGAGGUCGAAGAAGUGGUGGGCAGAGGGGCGUUUGGUGUUGUGUGUAAAGCCAAGUGGAGAGGCAGAGAUGUGGCCAUCAAGACUAUAGAAAGUGAAUCUGAAAGAACUGCCUUCGUGGUAGAGCUUCGCCAGCUGUCUCGUGUAAAUCAUCAGAACAUUGUGAAGCUGUACGGUUCCUGCAGUAACCCUGUAUGUCUGGUGAUGGAAUAUGCAGAAGGGGGUUCGUUGUAUAAUGUGCUGCACGGUGCAGAGCCCCUUCCUCACUACACCGCAUCUCACGCCAUGAGCUGGUGUCUACAGUGUUCUCAAGGGGUCGCCUAUCUCCACAGCAUGAAACCAAAGGCUCUCAUUCACAGGGACCUCAAACCUCCCAAUCUGCUCCUGGUUGCUGGUGGCACGGUACUGAAGAUCUGCGACUUUGGGACAGCAUGCGACAUUCAGACACACAUGACUAACAACAAAGGAAGCGCAGCCUGGAUGGCCCCUGAGGUGUUCGAAGGCAAUAACUACAGUGAGAAGUGUGAUGUGUUCAGUUGGGGUAUUAUUCUGUGGGAGGUGAUCACUCGCCGGAAGCCAUUCGAUGAAAUUGGUGGCCCCGCUUUCCGCAUCAUGUGGGCUGUACACCGCGGUACUCGUCCACCUCUCAUUAAGAACCUACCGAAGCCCAUCGAGAGUCUGAUGACUCGUUGCUGGUCCAAAGAUCCAUCACAGCGGCCUUCAAUGGAGGAGAUAGUGAAGAUUAUGAUCCACCUUAUGAAGUAUUUCCCAGGAUCAGACGAGCCUCUUCAGUACCCCUAUCAGUAUUCAGAUGAAGGCCAGAGUAACUCUGCCACCAGCACAGGCUCAUAUGUAGACUACACGUGUACCAGCAACAAGAAUGACAUCAACAUGGAGCACACCAACUCCCCUGGCAGUAAUGACACCAUCAAAUAUCCAUACAAACCAAAGGUUGACCCGUUGAGACCUGGUCUCCCUCUCUCUAGAAAUAGCAGUGUAGAGAGUCUCUCUGGCAGGUCGCAUUGUAUGCCUUCCGACAGCAAACGAAUAAGUGUCGAUCUUUCCGAACUAGAGCCCAGAUUGCCCUUUGCCUCUGCAGCACGUCCACUAUUUAGGCGAGGUCACCGUAAAACGGCGUCAUAUGGCACCAUUCUGGACAUUCCCAAGAUCAUCGUCACAGCGACUUGCGAGCCUCACAGACGCAGAUCAGUGCAGGACCUUCCUGCCAUUGGUACAGAGUCCAGUCAGGAGAGCAGGAACAGUAGCAGAUCAUCCAGCCCCAGUGUGAGGAUGAUUACACCGGACAAGUCAGAUACCAAUGGCUCUGAUAACUCUAUACCGAUGGCUUACCUGACCCUGGACCAUCAGCUUCAGCCUCUAGCCCCAUGUCCAAACUCUAAAGAGUCAAUGGCUGUAUUCGAGCAGCAUUGUAAAAUGGCACAGGAGUACCUGAAGGUCCAGACAGAAAUCGCUCUGCUCAUUCAAAGGAAAAACGAGCUGAUAGCAGAACUGGACCAGGAUGAGAAAGAUCAGCAAAAUGCAUGUCGCCUCGCUCAAGAGCACAAGAAGCUCCUGGAGGAGAACAAGAGUCUGUCAACCUACUACCAGAAGUGCAAGAAGCAACUGGAGCUGAUCCGAGCACAGCAGCAGAAGAGACAGGGCACCUCAUGAACCCACUUUAAACACACCCCUUUUCCUAUUCAUCAUGUAACAGAGCCAGACUGACUCUCUAAUCACAGUCCCAUUUCCAUAUUCCUCCCUGAUCCAAACAUUGGGGUAUAGCUGUAGUUUUGCCCUCAAAACACCUGUUAAAGCCACCUCAUGCCCACGCCAGUGCACGGCGUCCGUGACCGCGGGUCACUUUCGCCCCUGCAAACCGUUCCGAGACCCUGCGCUCAACUGCACAAGCAAUGCUGCGUCACGUGCCUGCGAAUUCACAGCGGGAUAUGCAGCAGCGGGGCCAAGCUGAUACACAAUGUAUGCUGUGUUAGGAGAUCUGGAAACAGCUGCUGCUUGCCAAAUGAGCGAGCAAUUUUGAGUGUGAAAGCAAAUAUUUUACUUUAAAAGGGGAAAAUGUGCAUCUUAUGCCUGGGCUUUGAGGUCACUUUAAAACAAAAAAGAAACAUGAGCUCUGUGGAAUGUCAGUCGUUUUGCUUCUCUAACAUCCCAGAAAUCCUUGCAAGGUUUGCCUCGUACCCCUCUGUUAGGUGUUGGUCCUUAAGAAUGUGAAAGCUAAUGAUACAAAAGCUAAUUUUAUAGUUUUUAAUUCUAGGUUUUUAUUUUAUAGCUUCCACUUCCACUGUGUACUUUUAGUUUUAACCCUUUUAUGCAAAAAAGUGCUACAGACAUCUGUUUUUUUUUUUUUUGUCUACCCUUGACGGUGUUAUAAUGUCUGUUUUGUCUAUUUUGAUCGGGGGAUGUAUCUUACAAAUGCCUUCAUGUCAACUCCGUGUUUAUGAACAAACAUAGGGAUGAUCUGUGCAUGUACGCGACCUCACAGGAAAACUCGUAAUUUGCUUCAUUACUGUCCCACUCGACAGACGAAACUAACAAGCAAAAAUGGACUUGUGUUUGAGAUUGUGAGUACAAACAUUAUAAUCAUGACUUCAGUAUUCUCGUGUUUCUUUGAUCUUUGUUGUGUAUCUUUAUCUAACUUAUCCAGGGUUUUCAGAGACGCUUCAUAGUUUGAAAGUAGGGGAAAGACACUCUUUCUCCAAGUUUAAUUUAUGUAUGUUUAGUUCACAUGAUGCCUUGGAGUUGAAUGGCUUGCAUUUACUUGACUUUCGUUGCGCACCUUCCAGGCUUUGUGUAAUUGUCAGUAUAGAGACGAGAGUGCGUGGCUUUUUUUAAAACAAAAAGGCUUGCAUAUGCAAUAUGAAUGCAAUCAAGAAGUUAAUGCAUGCCCGAAGAUUGGCCGGAUUUUGUUUGGCCUUUAUAGUCCAUAUGCUGCAGAAAUCACGAUAUGGGCAGUUUCAUUUAUUCCUUCAUGCCUGUAUUUAAGAGUUUAAAACAGAAAUGAGUCAUAUUCUGAUCACACCUUGUUUACUCAGCAGAAUUUAAUCCCCACGUUUUUGCACAGUCCAGCCAAAAUUGGUGAUCACUGAUUUUGGAGAAUGCUUACUGUUAAACUCUUAAGCACAUUUGGAUGUUCAAGAUCUCCUCACUUCUUGUUUUUCCCAGAAAUCUUUGUUGUUGUUUUUGUUCAACAGUGAAGUGGUGUAUUAUUAUUUACCUAUCUUUUUCAGUUUAAUGUUCCUGAUGAGUUUCUGUACUAUGUGCUGUAAAUAAGAUGUCUGAUUUCUUAAGCUAUUGGGAACGGGAUACACAGGUGAAGGUUGCAUCUUGAAAUAAAUCGAACCGGUAAACA